GCAGAUAAUCCGUCGUCAGUUAACGGUUUAAGCUUUUCCCGAGUUCAUCUCACAAGAAACAAACGUAACGAUUCCGAAAAUGCAAUCAUUUGGUACGAUUUGUGUAAUCGCCGCCCUGUGCGUGGCUGCUGUCAUUUCCUCUGGUUAUGCCUAUCCCCAGGAACUGGCCGACGAAGUGCAAUCGCAAGUUAAUACUUUGUUCGAUGAGCUGCCAGAGGAGUCCUACCAGGCUGCUGUGGAUAACUAUCGGCUCAAGCGGGCCACUUGCGAUCUGUUGAGCGGAUUUGGUGUCGGAGAUAGCGCCUGCGCUGCUCACUGCAUUGCUCGGAGGAAUCGUGGUGGUUACUGCAACUCCAAGAAAGUUUGUGUGUGUAGAAACUGAGCUAGCUGGCAGUUUGAGUGUGGAAGGUGAUGCUUCCUUCAUGUAAAUAUCGUGUAAUAGUAGAGUAAAACAGCGGUCUUUUGUUGGUGGUCAGAGAAUGAAAUGUAGGAAAUUGUUAAGAUAAAAUGAAUAAAAAAAUAAUUUUUAUCAAGAA